GUCAAUAAAAUAGAAAGAAGAAUAAAAAGAAAGAAAUCUUCUAUAAUCAAUAUCUUACAAAAAAAUCCAAUAUACAUGGCCAAAUUUAAGUGAUUUUAUUUUCCAUACAAAAUAAUCUAGAAUUCUCAUCUAAUUACGAUUUGGUAUUUUGAAUAUGUUGCGAAUGAAACUGACGAAACUGAAGCAACUUUACGCUACUGCAUUUUUACCGAAAUUAUUAAAAGAAACUAAAACAGUAAAAAAAGAUAUAGAUAAGUGUUCUAUCGAUUAUUUCAGUAAGACAACACACAAAAAAUAUAAAAGCACUGACUCGGGGUCCAAGGAUGAUGAUAGUAGUGCAAGACGGAAGGCUAUAAUCGACCAAUGCUUUCCCGAAAAAACACCGAUACUACAUGAAAAAGAUACAACACCUGAAUUGCUGUCAAAAGAAAAAGUCAGGCUUUAUAACAUUGAAGAUAAAAACAAAUCAUCAAUUUUUGAAAAUGAUAAAAUUGAACAAAAAGUUAAGGAGGAUGAACUGCGAAAUGCCGAAGUUCAGGCAGUUGCAGCAAAAGUAGAAGAAGUAAAGCUAGCUCACGAUAUUAUUCAUACUGACAAGACAUUACAUGUUGAAACUGAUGGAGCUAAAGUUACUAACAUCGGAUUACUAGAAAACACUAUCGUGGACUCAAACACAGAAGAGUCACAAAAGUUAACCCAUAAUACUGUCCAAAUUGACAGGACUCCACAAUCUAAUGGAGCCAAAGUUGAAGAGCUAGGUACUUCAAAAGUUUCAGAAUUGCUGCAAGAUACUAACAUUCAAGCAACCACGGGCAACUUUGGAGAUGAUGAAAAGAUAGCUCAUAAUAUUGUCCAUAUUGACAAGACACCACAUGUUAAAGACAUAAACGCUCCAAAAGAAGAAGAAACUCUACAAAAAGUUGAACUGCAAGCUACUGUAGCAAAAACAGAACAAGAGAAACUUGCUCACCAUAUCGUUCACAUCGACAAGACACCAUUGGUCGAUAUUAGUACAGUAGAAAUUAAAAACUCUAACCCUACUUUGUCAGUAUCAGAAGCACUACAAAAAGAUGAAGAUAGAGAUAUUGCAGCAGAAUUAGAAAAAGAAAAAUUAGCUCAGCAUACAUAUAAUAUUGCUAAAGGUAAUCCUACUCAAAGACUUUCGGAACAAAAACAAAACACUAAUGUUCAAGCCACUACAGAAAAAAUAGAAGAAGAAAAGCUAGCUCAGAAAAUUGACCAAAUUGACGAAAUACCACACGUUGAAGCUGGCGUUGCUAAAUUUGAUGGAUUCAAUGUUUCUCCUAAAAUUCUUGGCCAUGACCCCAACCCCAACUUAUCUAUAGGGGAACCCAAGCUAGACAAUUUUCCUGGGCAACCAGAGCAAGUUAACUUAGAUGAGUUAGCAAAGAAAUGCCUAGGAAAGCCAGAUGGUGAUGUUGAUCAAAUUUUACUUAAAGAGUUGAAGAACAUUUCCCAAGUAAAUUCGCUGAAAUUUAAUUUACCAAAGGAUGAUUUUUAUCAAAAAUAUUUCAGCCAAAUAUUACAAGAAAAAACAAAAGACAAUAACAAUAUUGUUUUUGACAUUUCGGACACACAUCUUGAACAAAUUCUACGUAAUGAAAUAAAAGGUUUAACAGAUAAUGAAAUGAAAUUGGAUCAUUUUCACCCAUUUCAUUUAGAUACAGUUCCCUUAAUUACUACUGACACGAGAGAUUAUAAAAAUGAAUUUGACAGAAAAUAUUCACCCGACGGUGCUAAGAAUCUUCUACUCGAAAUUCCUGCUGUUUUGGAUCCAUAUGACAUGCAAGCAAUUCCUUUUUAUCAAUAUGUCACUAAAGAGAAUAUUAUACUGAAAGAAGUACAACUAGAUGAGGCCCCGGUGCAGAAUUCUUCUACUGAUGGGAUUAUAGGUGAAACUGAAAUUAAUGCCCCAAUGAAUGAAGAUGUUAUACUAAAAAGAGAAGAAGAAACAGAAAACAUCCAAGAAAAUGCCUUAAACACUGUAGUGAAAGAACUUGAAGAAGGAGGACCUGAAGACCGUAAAGUUGGCUCAACUAAUGCCGUUGAACCAUUAACAGAAGUUGAUGCUAGUUUAAAAUCAACAGAGGCGCCCACUAUAACUGAAUCUGAUGUCGCAAAAUUACUUGAAUACAAAAAUGUGCUGAUGGCACAACAGGAAGCAUUUGAAAAUAUGAGUCCUAAUUUUGUGCCACGUGAGUUUCCUACCGUGGAAACCAGCACUCAACCUGCUAAGCCUUCAUCUACAAUGGGAGAGUAUCCAAUUGAAAAUUCCACGCAAACUUUACUGACAACGUCAACGCCAACGCCAACAGAUCCUUUUGGAAAUCCUAUACAAAGUGAAUCUGAUCAAGGACAGUAUAAGCCAUUUGAUGAAACACGGACAGAUACUGCUAUAUCUGCACAUCAAGACCCCGAUGAAUACUUUCCAACGAGCCAUCUCAAUUCUUUCAUGGGCGUUGGCAUUCAACAAGUCGAAUAUAUUGUUACUGAUAGUAAUCUCACGUAUACUGGAGUGUUUGAUACUAAAACUACAUGCAGCGAUAAUACAGAUCAGUCAACUACCGAAAAUCUUAUGUCUCAAAGCAUAUCAUAUUAUUCAACGUUUCCGCAGCUUUCAGAUUUUUCAGGAAAUUCAAAAGAAACUUUCAGUAAAUCUGAGUAUCAUUUUGAUGAGAAAGAGCGUAUUACACAUAUUCUUAUACAGCCAAAGCGAGAUGUUAAAGAAGAACUUAUUCAACCAGAAGCAAAAUUACACAAUAUUCAAGUAGAUAUCCACCUAGAGCCAAAACCCAAACUAGAAGAAUUUAGAGAAGAGAGUAUCCAACAGCAGCCGAGAAGAGAAGAGAGAGUAGAAGCUUCUGACAUUAAGAAUGUAGAUGCACUUUCAAAUGAAACUACUCCUCUUUCAGUUCUAUUAAGGAGGGUUAGGGAACGAAAUCGCUUGGAAUCAAUAAGGUCUGUUAAAAUGGAAACCGAAGUAGCGAAAAAGCCCCCUUGCUUAACACCGUUAGAUAGGAGUAAACCGAAAACCACCAUGCAUCCAUCACCUUGUCAGCCCAAACCUAAAGAGAAAGAGAAACACAAAUGUCCAGACCCGUGCAAACCACCUAAGAAAAAGGAUCCUUGCGCGAAAUUUGUGCCCUUCUUUCUACAUUCAAUUGUUAGAUCGAACCUUGACGUUUCCAUCCCUUGUACUACGCGAUACGAUCAGAUUUACACUUACAUAUCCUUGGCUAAAGAGAUUGCUUUUAAAAAAUUGAAGCAUCUCAGCCAUAUUUUGGGUUUUUUUAGUAUUAAAUACAAAGACGAUGAAAUGGAUGAUAUCGUGUGCGCUAGAGACUUCAAUCCUUGGGUACCGAUACCCUCCUGGCCUGUUCCGAAGGUAGAGAAGAAACAGCCUUUUGCGUGUCCUAAAGAAGGAUGUAAGCUCCCUGUUCACCCAGUACGGUCCAAUACGGGCAAACCUUGCUUAGGAAUGCCCAAAAAAAUAUCCCCGUCCAGAAUCGUGCGUGAAUCUACAAUAUAACUACGUGAAGAAAUAUAAUAAUUUUAAAAAAAUAUUGCUGUCUCAAAAUCUGUGAAUAAAAUGCUCGAUAGAUAA